AUGUGCAUGCAGUCCCUUGUCCUUCAGGCUGCCUGGCUUUAUAAACCUCACCACUGGCAGGAUUCAUUGCAGUACAACGUUGACUCCAAAAAAUUGAAUAUGAAGAUUUUACUACUUGUAUUGUUGGCAACGUUUGCCUCCGGUCAGCAGUUACAGCAGACGACAGCUUACGAUGUUGCUGUGAGACUAGCUGAACCAGGAUACUUCCAACAAAGAAAUUCCUUCAGCUCUAGUUCAUCUAGAAAUGGUGGUUCUGGAUUUGGAUCUCGUCCUCUUAUCGGCAAUCAAUUUGGAUCUGGAUCACUGACUGGGUUCCCUGCUGGCACUGGCAUCAGUGGUUCAAACUUCGGUUCCCUGAAAAAAAGUGGAUUCCAGUUUGAUUCUUCAGCUACACCUGGAUUUGGUUCUGGCUCUGCAUUUACAAGCAGUGGAUUCGGAUCUAGCUCCUCAAACAGAAAAACUUUUGGAUCAAAUAUCGGUGGAUCACAGGCAGGUUCAGUAAGUGGUAGUCGACUCCAAUCUGGUGGUAGAUUCCAGUCUGGGUCAUCAAGCACUAACAGAUUCCAACCUGGUUCAUCAAGCAGCAGUGGAUUCCAGUCUGGUUCAUUUGGUGGAAGCAAAUUCCAGCCUGGUUCAUCAAGCAGCAGUGGAUUCCAGUCUGGUUCAUUCGGUGGAAGCAAAUUCCAGUCUGGUUCAUCAUCAAGCAGCAAUGGAUUCCAAUCUGGUUCAUCAUCAAGCAGCAAUGGAUUCCAAUCUGGUUCAUUUGGUGGAAGCAAAUUCCAGCCUGGUUCAUCAAGCAGCAGUGGAUUCCAGUCCGGUUCAUUCGGUGGAAGCAAAUUCCAAUCUGGUUCAUCAUCAAGCAGCAAUGGAUUCCAGUCUGGUUCAUUUGGUGGAAGCAAAUUCCAGCCUGGUUCAUCAGGUAGCAAGGUAGGAGGUAACAGUGGAUUCCAGAAGAGUUCACCAAGUGUUACUGGCUUCCAGUCCACUUCAUCAAGUGCAUUCCAAUCCAGUUCACCAAGCACCAGCGGAUUCCAAUCUGGAACAUCAUUUACCAGCGAAUUCCAAUCUGGAUCACUAAGCACCAGUGGAUUCCAAUCUGGAACCCCAAGCACCAGUGGAUUCCAGUCUGGAACACCAAGCACCAGCGAAUUCCAAUCUGGAUCACCAAACACAAGUGGAUUCCAAUCUGGAUCACCAAACACAAGUGGAUUCCAGUCUGGAACACCAAGCACCAGCGAAUUCCAAUCUGGAUCACCAAACACAAGUGGAUUCCAAUCUGGAUCACCAAACACAAGUGGAUUCCAACCUGGAUCACCAAACACAAGUGGAUUCCAAUCUGGAUCACCAAACACAAGUGGGUUCCAAUCUGGAUCACCAAACACAAAUGGGUUCCAGUCUGGAUCACCAAACACAAGUGGAUUCCAAUCUGGAUCACCAAACACAAGUGGAUUCCAACCUGGAUCACCAAACACCAGUGGAUUCCAGUCUGGAUCACCAAAUACCAGUGGAUUCCAACCUGGAUCACCAAACACCAGUGGAUUCCAGUCUGGAUCACCAAACACCAGUGGAUUCCAACCUGGAUCACCAAACACCAGUGGAUUCCAAUCUGGAUCACCAAACACCAGUGGAUUCCAGUCUGGAAUACCAAGCACCAGUGAAUUCCAAUCUGGAUCACCAAACACAAGUGGAUUCCAGCCUGGAUCACCAAACACCAGUGGAUUCCAGUCUGGAUCACCAAACACAAGUGGAUUCCAGUCUGGAUCACCAAACACCAGUGGAUUCCAAUCUGGAUCACCAAACACCAGUGGAUUCCAGCCUGGAUCACCAAACACCAGUGGAUUCCAAUCUGGAUCACCAAACACAAGUGGAUUCCAGUCUGGAUCACCAAACACCAGUGGAUUCCAAUCUGGAUCACCAAACACCAGUGGAUUCCAGCCUGGAUCACCAAACACCAGUGGAUUCCAGUCUGGAUCACCAAACACAAGUGGAUUCCAGUCUGGAUCACCAAACACCAGUGGAUUCCAAUCUGGAUCACCAAACACAAGUGGAUUCCAAUCUGGAUCUCCAAACACCAGUGGAUUCCAGUCUGGAUCACCAAACACAAGUGGAUUCCAAUCUGGAUCACCAAAGACCAGUGGAUUCCAGUCUGGAUCACCAAACACCAGUGGAUUCCAAUCUGGAUCACCAAACACCAGUGGAUUCCAGUCUGGAUCACCAAACACCAGUGGAUUCCAAUCUGGAUCACCAAACACCAAUGGAUUCCAAUCUGGAUCACCAAACACCAGUGGAUUCCAAUCUGGAUCACCAAACACAAGUGGAUUCCAGUCUGGAUCACCAAACACCAGUGGAUUCCAAUCUGGAUCACCAAACAUCAACGGAUUCCAAUCUGGAUCACCAAACAGCAACGGAUUCCAAUCUGGAUCACCAAACAGCAACGGAUUCCAAUCUGGAUCACCAAACAGCAACGGAUUCCAAUCUGGAUCACCAGACAACAAUGGAUUCCAAUCUGGAUCACCAAACAACAACGGAUUCCAAUCAGGAUCACCAAACAGCAACGGAUUUCAAUCUGGAUCACCAAACAACAACGGAUUCCAAUCAGGAUCACCAAUCACCAGUGGAUUCCAGUCUGUAUUGCUCAGUGGAAGUGGAUUACAAUCUAGCUCCUCAGGCAGCAUUAAUGGCUUUGGACUCCUGAGUGGUUCUGUGAGCAGCAUUGGAGCCCAGUUAAGUUCAAAUACGGAAGAAGUAUUUGGAGAAUUUGAACCUCUUAACCUCCCAGCUGAUGCCAGUAAUAUUUUGGGAAGAAUCUCAACAUCAUUUACCUGCGCAGACCGUCCCUACGGAUAUUAUGCUGAUAAAGAGAACUCAUGCCGGGUCUUCCACAUCUGCUAUCCCGCUCUCUUUGCUAAUGGUGUUAUUGAGACCUCCCAGUACAGCUUCCUAUGUGGAGAAGGAUCAGUGUUUGACCAGAAGACCUUAGCCUGUGUGCCAGAAACAGAUGCCAUUCCUUGUCAAGAAUCUAACAAUUACUUCUACACCAAUGAGCAAUUUGGUCGCCCGGAAGAUAAAAGAAUCUAAACCUAUUUGUAUAUCAUGUGAUUUUUCCGGAUACUCUUGAAGGCAGUUCAUGCACCUAUUGAUCCAAUUGAUAGAAUAAUAAAAAACAAACAAACUA